AUCAAGUUGGAGCACGGCCUUAGUUGGAGUAUCAUUUAUGGGCGUAUGGCCGAUGGCGUUUAUGCGUAUGCUGUCAGUAAUCAGUUAACAGUUUAUAGGUAUUAAAGGUGCAAAAGUAAAAAAUACCUAUUAAAUAAUUUAUUUAAAAUUUAAGUUUUUUAAGAAAUCUUUUGAUUCUUAUUUAUUUAGUAAUAACUUUUAGUGCUAGGCUAGUGUUAAAUUAAAAUGUAAUGUUUUGAACACUUACUUUGAACAUUGAACAUGCAAUAAGAUGUAGAUGUGCUAAUUGGUAAUUUAUGUUAAAUUAUUGGUAACACAUAUAUUAGUAAGUAAUUAGUUAUUAUAUAUCAAACGGACUACAAAACAUCCGUAUAUAUUAUGGACGAGGACGAAAUUAGUAAUGAUGUUUCAGACAAGCGUAAAGUUGAAGAUUAUAGUAUUAACCCUAAACCUAAUCCAAAAAGAAUUAAACUUGUUCGCCCUGUAUUUUCACCCGUAACCAAACCUUCGAUUUCCACAACACCUGAUACCAAUAAAAUCGAUGUGCAAACUACAGAAGUACCUAGGCCUAGUAAUUUAACUGAUCAAAUUCAUAAUACAACUGAUAUUUCUCAAACCAAUGUAAAAUCAAUUAAUCAACAAGAAACUACUAAAAUGCCCAUUGACCUACAAGAACAUAUUAAAAAAUCAGUAGCUGUGACUUUAGCACCUGAAGAACAAGUUGAUAGUAGUUCUGAUGCUUUAGAUAUACAAAAUAUAUUUAGUGAAGAAACAAAAAAAGAAUUAGAACAUUUAAAAAGAAAUAUUUUUAAGAUUGAAGAUGAUGGAUCGUCUUCAGAAAAUGAUAGUCAACCAAAACGACCUCGAUUGAAACGACCAACUUUUGUUAAAAAAAUGUUUGAUAAAACUAAUGAAACAGCUAAAUUGGAUUUAACAAAGUCUGCUUAUGAGGAAAAUAUAAACAAAAUUGAUACAGAAGAUAAAAUUGAUAAAAUUACAGAAAACAAUGUUGAGAAUAUUAAAGUUAAUGAGGUAUAUGAACAUUCAAAUAAUCAUAUAAUUGAGAAAAAUUCUUUUACAGCAGAAAAUAUUAAUAAAGUAGCAGAAUAUAAAUCAGUCACAUCUACAAUUAUUGAUUCUGUUAAACAAAAAUUAAAUGAUGAAACAAAAGAAAAUCCUGCCAAAGUUGAGAAGUUGUAUCAAGGUACUGAUAAGGUGAUUAAAUUUGAACGUUGUGUUCUCGAAAUUAAACAUAAUGAUACCAAAAUUGAAAAGGAUAAUACUGAAAUUAAAUAUGAUGGUGCUGAAAUUAAACAGGACGGAACUGAAAUUAAAAAAGAUGAUACUGGAAUUAAACAGGAUGAUAUUGAAAUUAAACAUAAUGAUUCUGAAAUUGAGCAAAAGGCCGUUGAAGAAAAUACAAAUGUAUUGUUUGAGAAUAAACCCAUUGAUAUAGACAAAACUAAUCAUACAGCUGAAGAACAAAUCAAUCAAAAACAAAUAUUAGUUGAAGAAAAUAUAGUUUUAAAAAAAGAGAUUAAUGAAUGCAGUGGUCUAAAAAUAUUCACCCAAAGUAAUUCUAAAGUAGUCUUGGAAGAUUUCAAUCUAAAACAUUUUCUUGAAUCAAAAGAUGAAAAACUAAUUUCAAGUACAACACAUAAAGUUGAAAAUGAAGGAAUCAAAAUUGCUAUUAAAACUAAUACUGAAGAAUACACUGAAAAUACUAAUAACCAAAAAGCCAAAACUGAGACAGAUAAUAUAGAAGACUUACAAGUAGAUAAAACGAUUGAAAAUCUUAAUGAUAAUGAAAUGAUUAAUUUAAAAAAUGAAAAUCACAAAUCUAACAGAAACAUUAAUGAAGAUGAAUAUAAAUGUUCUGAUAUGUCAACCAAUAAAAUAACAAAUUUAGAUACAAAUCAAAAGUUAGAUGAAAAUGAAUCUCAGAUAUUUAAGUCUGAUAUUUUAAAAGCAGCUCUUAUGUCAAAAAAAUCAUCCGAAUCGCUUGUAAAUUCACCAGAAACAAAUGAUCAAUCUGAUACUAAUGACCAUUUAUUAGAAACUAAGACAACUGAAAUUCUACCAAAAAUUGGCCAGGAUGCUAUUGUUAAUAAAAUAGAAGCAGAAAUAAAACUAGCUACUAAAGAUCAGCCAGCUAAUAAUAAGAAAUCACAAAAUAAAACUUUUAAUAAUGGGUCAGAAAUAAAUUAUUCUAAAAGAGUAUCUAGCCCUACUGAUGCUAAAGAAAUUGUAGCAGUUGAUAAUGUUGAUGAUCCUUUAAAAUGGGGAUCAGCUAAAAUGAAUGAAGUAGAAAAAUUUUUAAAUGAUUCUAAUGUAACCAUUACUCCUAUAUGCAAAUCUCAAGAGUCGCCUAAACUUGGUAAAAUAACAUUAAAAUUACCAAAAGUUGGAAAUCCAGAAAUUAAAUCUGAAACUACAGUUAGUCCUGAUGUUAAAUCUGAAUUGAUAAAAAAAAUCACUAAUAAACAAAUUGCUAUGGGUGACAGUCCUUUAAAAAGUGCUCUUUCUCUACCUUCGAAGUCUUUUAAUGACUUUGCUACCAUUAGACCUGCUCCUAAACCUAGUGCUGAACAAAUUGCUUUAUUAGAACAACAAAUAUUGAAUACACCUAAAAAAAGAGGGAGACCUUCAAAAGUUUUAGCACAACAAAAACAGUUAUUAUUACAAUAUCAACAACAACAACAGCAACUUAAAGUUCAAGAAGGUAGUACAGAAGAUGAACCAAUAUUUCAUGUACCCCUAUUCGAUAUGGAAGAUAUGAGUGGGGGAACAAGACUUUUUGAAUCAUUUGAAGCAUCAACACCGAAAAAAGGGAAAAGUAUCAGAGGAAAAGGUAGUCGUGGACGUAGAGGACGAGGAGGUUCUGUACGUGGUCGUGAUGAGUCAGAUAGUGAUACAACAUCUAGUAGUCGCCGCAUUGAUGAUGAAGUAGAAACUUAUGUUGAAGAAAUGAUGAAUGCUCAAGAUGAAGAAAACAAACAAGUAGCAAAGAUAGAAGCUGAACGUCUUCGAAAAGAAGAAGAACGAGAAAAGAAAUUGGAGGCAAGAAAGAAAAAAUUAAAAGAACGUAAUGAUCUUUUAAAAGAGAAAAAAUUGAAAAAAAAACAAAAAGCGGAAGAGAGGAGACUACAGUGGCAUGAAAAGAAAAGACUUAUGCAAGAGGAAAAGGCUAGAGCAGCUGAGAUGAAGAAAUCUCUUCCUCCACCACAAAAUUUUGAUGAUGAAACUCGAAUGAGUGCUGAUUGUAAUAAUAGUCGGUCACAAACACCUGCAAGAAAUUUUAUAAUUGGUAUGUCUUUUAAAACAUUUUUUAAUGAUAUAAUAAUAAUGUUAAAAUUAUUCUUAGGUGAAGAGGAUUUAUCGAUUAGCGGUACCACAAAUGAUAGUAUUAGAUUGAAAAAAGGAAGAAUGGAAGUUAUUGAUCUUGAAAGGUAAUUUAAGUUAAUGUUAAAUUUGUAUUAUUUUUAUAACUGCAUGUUUGUUUCAUUGUUUAAUGUUAAAUGCCUAUGUAUUUAUUUUAGUAAUAAAACAUUAACUGUUGAUCAAAUUGCUGAAUAUCAAUGGCCAUUGGAAGGCGGGGAAUUGUAUAUGAUCCAAGAACAAAUAUCAAAUUUUUUAGGUGUUAAAUCAUUUAAAAGAAAAUACCCAGGAUUAAAACGCCGUAAUGUGGAGGCUGAAGAACGAACAUUUCUUUGUGACAGUGGAUUAGUUGCUGAAUCAUUGUGUGAUCUUGGUAUGCAUAUAAAUUUUAACAUAUAAUUUAAGUAAUAAAAUAAUAAACUAAAAACAAAAUUAUUAAAAUGGUUAAUAUUCGUAAAUAAAUUUAUACAUUUUUAUUUAUAUAUUUAUUUAUUAUAUAUAAAAUUUAAGUAAUAAUUUUAAUGUGUUGAUUAGGCUUAACAGUUCUAUAUAGUUCAGAAGUAUUAGACAUCAUGUAUACAGAUUUUCCAGAAAAAUAUGAAGAAUUAAGAGAAUAUAUGAGGCUUAAACACACCAAAGAAUUGUCAAAUCGGCAAAGAGGUAUAAAUUAAAUAAUAUAGUAUUUAAAACAAACAGUUUAAUUUUUAUAUAUAAAUGUAUAUUUUUUUUUUUUCUAAAGCAUUAAUGACAAUUAGUUCAAAUACAGAUGGUUCAAAACUAGAUUUACGUGAUAGAGCAAUGGAAGCUGUAGCUAAUUGGAAUUCCAAUUUAAAUAAGUCUCGGUUAGAGUCUCGUAAAUGUUCAAUGGAUAUGCAAACAUUUAUUGUUCAUUAUCCAAAAAAUAAAUGUAAAAAAAUGACUGUUCCUAAAUCUAAAAUUGGUAGUUAUCCAUUGGCAUUAUUACCUGGACAAUUCUGUGAUUACUACGCCACGUAAGAGUUAAAUGUAACUAAAUUGCAUAUUGUUUUGAACUUCUCAAGUUACUUUGUAAUUUUUAGAUACUCUAGUGAAGAUUUACGCUAUUUGCCUGUCAACACUGUUAUGUAUGGACCUUUAAAAUCCGUGGAUAAAGACUUUCCUGUUUCAUUAAGCAGUCAAUCUGAAUCAGAAGAUAGUUCUUCUGAUGACUCUAGGUAAAUCUUAUUGCACGGACUGUUUAUCUUAUUUAACAUAACUAAAUUUGUUGAACUGCAUGAUGAGUAUGUAAAUAAUUAAGGUUUAAAGUUUACUAUGGUGUAGGAGUAAUUUCAUUGACAAAUAUUUAAUAAGAAAAGGGAAAUUUACAAACUAACUUUUAUGUCAUGAAAUGUUCAUAUUUAAAAUUAAUUAAUAGUGAUAGUGAUGAUUCAAUCGAUACUGACAACAAAUUGGAAACAAAUGAUUCAGAAUAUGAUCCAAGUGAUAAAAAAGGAGCUGAAUGCAAACUAUGUUUGAACAACGCAGAAAAGAAUAAAAAAGGAACAGUUGAACCUUUAAUUAAUUGUUCUAAAUGUUUGACAAUAUGUAAGAAAAACAUAUUAAUUUCAAUUUAAAUAUAAAUUAUAGUACUAACAUUAUAAUUAUUUAAUUAUUAAUAUAAGAUCAUCCAACAUGUUUGGAUAUGACAUUGGAGAUGAUUCCCUACAUAAAACGUUAUAAUUGGCAAUGCAAUGAAUGUAAAUCUUGUGCUCAAUGCAAAGAAGUUGCUGAUGAAGAUAAAAUGUUGUUCUGCGAUCUUUGUGAUAGAGGGUAAAUUAAAAUAUUUUUUAAGGAAUAAUUAUGAAAGUUAUUUGUUGCUAUAUUUUUUGUUUAGGUAUCAUAUUUAUUGUGUGGGACUUCGUAGAGUACCAGAAGGUAGAUGGCAUUGUCAAGAAUGUGCUAUGUGUAGUUCAUGUGGUGUUUCUGACCCUGGGCCAGGUGAUUCUAAAUGGUUUUAUGAGGUAAUAAUCUAAACUUAACUAUAUUUUUGUUUCAUUAAAUUAGAUUGUAUGGAAUUUUGUUUUUAAUAAACUAAGAUUUUAUUCAGCUCUAUUUCAUAUUAAUUUCAGUUUAAGAAAAUUGAAAAAACUGGAUCAAAAGUAUAUUGCCGUACGCUAUGUGCACCAUGUUCCAGGUACAUUAUUUAUUGAAAAUUAUUUUUUUUGUGUAUAUAUAAAUUAUGUGUGUAUAUAAUAAAUAUAUAUUAUAUACAUAUAUUUGUGUAUUUUAUCAGUUUUAUUGUGGAAUAAUACAUAUAAAAUCAUUAACACUUUUAUAUUUAAUAAAAAUUAAAUUCAUUUUAACAUAUUGGGGAAUUCUGGUUUGUUGGCCAGGUUGUGGAAAAAAGGCCAUUUCUGCCCUAAUUGCAUGCGUUGCUAUCCUAUCAAAAACGUCGAACGCAUGACACAGUGUAACAGUUGCGAUAGAUACUUACACCCAGGUAUAUAACAACAGCUUUUAUUGUCGUAUGUUUUGUGAUUUUUUAAAUUUAUUUUAUGUGAGUUAUGUAUGAUAACUGAAAAUAUUAACACAUUGUUGGUCUGUAUUAAAUUAUAUAGCUAAUACAUAUUAAAUGAAGCACAUUUCAACAACUUUAAAUUCAAACGUGAGAUCUUGAAUACUAAUUGAUAAUUUUUUUUAUUAAUUCAUAUUAAUUAUUUAUUUUCAAUUGUAAUUAUCACCUUUAUUUCUCACUAAUUUGAUUCAUAUAUUAUGCAUUUUUUUUCAAUUUACAUUGUUGAUAUACAAUUAGUUAUUCUCCUGUAAUUUGUUAAAAGUUCACAUACUUUUAUAAUUUGUGUGGUUUUUUUUAAAACUGUCAUUAAUUAUAAUUGGGUUUUUUAAUUUACCAAAUUUAUAUAAAAUGGAUUUAUUAAAUACUUAGUUAAACUAAAAUAAUAUAUUUAAAUUAGAAAAAUAUAUACUUAUUUUAGAGCUAAAUAAUUUCUAAAAUGUUUUUAAUAUCCUUUUAUACACUCAAUGUCGCUUAUAAGACUUCUAUUGGUACCAAUACAAAGCAAAUCUUAUAACUGAAUGAAUCUUAUAGGUGAAGUGGGAAAAAAAAACAAAUAAAAAUUUUAAUUAAUUAAUAACUUUAUUUUGCUACUUUUUCAAACAUUGUAGAAUACGUCACAUUAAAUUAGCGCUCAUGUUAACAAUAAAAAAAAGGACGGUCUAGUGUUGAAACUCAAAUUAUGACUGAUCUUUGUACAAUGAUUGCAACAAUAACUGUAGUCAUUACGAUAAAUUUGAAAUGUGAUAAAAUUUGUCUGAUAUAAAUAUGAUGGUAAAAUGGCACGAUUAAAAGCUAGUAAUAGGUAAUAACAAACAUUUAUUUUUUGGUUUUAUUAAUAAUGAUUAUUAUCUAUGAUUUUUCUUAUAAAAUUUGAGUCUUAUAACCAAAUUUUUUCUAAUGUAUUUGGAUACGUCCUGACCGUUUUAGGUCUAAUGAGUAACGGAACGUUAUAUCCAUGUGUCUUAUAAACGGCGUCAACUGUAAUUAAAUUAACUAAAUUUAAAUUAUAUCCAAUUCUUAUUAUUCUUAUUAAAUUAAUGAUCUUUUUGAUUUGACAAAAUUGUGAAAACUAUUUGCAUUUAUUGCACGCCAAGUGCUAAAACAUAUUCAAUUUGUUUAAAAUUCAGUGAACCAGGGUAGUGUUUCACAUUUAGUUUGAUGCACUGUGUACAUAAGAUACACCACCAAUUUUUUACGCUGCUUAUCAAUUGAUCAAUGAAAUCAUGGGCACACUAAUAUUCAAUAAUAUUUUAUACCUAAUGAUAGAUAAUGAGUAUUUGGAUGAUUACAGUCACAAUUUAAAUAAUAAUUUUGAAGUUUUGAUUAUUCACAAACAUUGAAAUAACAAAAUCAAAUUAUUUUUAUACAAUUUAAAAAAAAAAACUAGUAUGUUAAAUGCAAAACAUGUAUAUUUCCUGUAGAAUUUCAUUGCAAAAUUUUUUGUUAUAUCAAAACUAUAAAAUAAUGAACUUUUGUUAUUCUUUAUAUGAUUUUUUAUUUUUUAUUUGUAUUAUUAAUUUUUUAUUCUUUGGAUUUACUAUAAAUUAAUAUUGCAAAUAAUGCAAAUUUAACAAUAAAAAAUUUAAAUCAAUAGUUAAUAUACUUUGAUAUCAUCACUUACAUACAUACAUACAUGGCAAUUAUCUGCGCUGAAUUCUAAUGCAUUGUUUUUAGUACACUUAUCAGUUCUCACAUACAAAGUUGAUCUGACAAAAACUUUAUGUUUGUAAAUCAUACAUUUAUGUAGUGGAUUAAUAGUUUCAAGACAAAUAGAUUUAUGUUUGUUUGAUAAAUAGCAACCUAAUUUACACGUAACAACAUUAUCUUAAUCAAGUAUUACAUUAAGGCACAUAUUUUAAAUAUAAAACCAGUUGAUAAUUUUAUUAAAUUAUUUUAAUAUUUGAUUGUAUCAGUGUGUGAGUAGUUAUCAAAUUUUAAAAGAUGAACAUGUUAAGAUUUGUUUCAUUUGGUUAGGUUGGUUAGGUCAAACAAUUUUUUUCUUACUAAGUAGGGAUGGGCACCUGACAGCUCACAUGAUAUUUUUCAAUGGUCCCUGUAUAUUAAUGAGAAUUUUAAAAAAUAACCUCUCUAAAGUAAAACCCAGAGAGAGAACAUUUCCUUCAGACAAAAUGCUAUAUUUAAUAAUCGAAGUAAGCUUUCUGCUAGAAAAAGUGUUCGCAUAAAAAAAAUAAAUAUUAUUUUAAAAUAUUGCUCCACUCAGAAUCUAAAAAUAUAAUAUAUUUUAAUUCAACUAAUACAUACUUUUUGUACAUUUUCCGUUUUUUUCCAAUUUGCUGAGAAAAUCAAAAAAUGAACUCUCCAUUAUUUUCCCAUUUCUUUCAGAAAAGAUGAUAUACUUAAAAAUCUGAGCAAGAUUUGUGGUAGAAAAGUUAUCCAUAGAAAAAAAAAAAACAUUGUAAAACCAUAAGCUUCACUUCUUCUUCACUCCAUUCAGAAUAUAAAAAUAAAUAUAAAUUGUAAAUUGUAAAUUUUAUUGAAUUUUAUUUUUGCUUUCUAUGUUCUCUGGUUUGCUAAAUUUUAAAAUUCUAAAAAUCGGCCCUCCAGUAUUUUUGAGUAGCCCAUCCUUGCUAUAAUGUAUAAAUAAUAUAAUAAUUAUACAUUAUAGCAUAAGUUAAAGUCUUGUGAUACAUAUUUCAGCUAUAUUUCGUCCAAACUAUAUUACAUAUAAAAUUACCUAAUCAUCUAGUUACUUAAAUAUUUGAAUAUUAAAUAGAGUAAAAGUAGUUUUAGUUUUGAUAGUUUCUUAAUUUUUAGUUAUAAAUAGGUGAAGAAACAAAUUUAAUGUAUUUAGAUUAUAUAUAUUUUAAUUGAGAAUAGAUUAUGUAGAUUACAAGUUUACAUUUCAAGUGUUUAACGGAAUCAACAGUUUAAAUUUUGCAGGGAAAAAUGGUUAAUUUAUAUUUUAUAACAGGUAUUCCUAUAGUUCUCUGUAUUUACAUAAGUUAUUAUUUUACCAAUUAAAAUCUGAACUUAAAUAAGAAUUUGUAUUGUUAGAAUAAGGUUAUAUUUAUCAGAAUCAACAAAUACCUGUAAAUAUAGUAACUAUAUUUAUUUAACUUUAUUCUUAUUUAAUUGUUUUUUUUUCCUCAGAGUGCAUUAGUGAAAAUAUUUCAAAUAGACAAGAUGUAGCAUGUACUAUAUGCGAAGAAAAAGCCGCUUCUAGAUUACUUACCACAGUGCCCAGGUCCUUGAUUAAAGUCUGAAUAAAUUAGUUGACAAUUAUUAUUUAAAUAACAAUGAUAAUUUUUUUAUUUAUUUUAUUAUAAGUUAUAACAUAAUUUUUAAUCAUACUUUUUAUUAUUAAAUAACAAUUUUAUAAGUUUUAUAUAAUUUUAAUAAUCUAUUGACAACUGGGCUAUUUAGUAAAAAUGUAAGUGAUUCAAAUUAAUAUAUGUAUAAUUAUUUUUCAAUGUAUACCAUUUGUCAAUUGUCUGCUUUAAUAAAUCUGUAUUAUGUUAUUCAACUAUGAAUAAAUAAUAAAUAUAACAAUUAUAUUAUAACAAUAUUUUUUAAACAAUUGCAUGUGUAUAAUGAUUGGUUGGUACUAGUAUUAGUAUUGAUGAAUUUAAAUUAUUGUAAUAUAAAUAAUAUAAACAAUAGUUUCUACAAUAAUUGUAAUAUAAACAAUAGUGUUUCUAUUAGUGUAUUAUUAAAUGGUAAUCCGGAAUAUAUUUUAAAAUAGUGUAUAUGUAAAACUUUGAAUUAACAUUGUAUUUAUUACUUUAUUCAGUAUUCUUAACUGUACUUUGAUUUAUUUUUUUAAAUAUAUUUUGGUCAUUCAUAAUUUUAAUACAUUAAACUCAUAAAAUGAACUUAUAAAAUUUGUGAAUUUUACAUAAAUGAUAAGUGUGUGUUUUAGUAAUUUCCUAAAUCUAUUCUUUAAAAUAAUAAUAUGUACUGUAUUAGGUUAUAAGUACAUUAUUCAAAUAUUAUUUUGUAAUAGUUAUCAAUUAAAAUAAAUUUGACCA